GGCGCUCAGUUUACUACAGCAAUAGCUGGACGCCGCAUGCCGGAUCACACGCCUAUCCGACCGUGUGCGUGGUGACAGUGUUAUAACAUAGCUAAUUGUUUUGUGCCGUGAUAUUGUUGUGUUCUUGUGUAAUACUGUUGGUGCGACCGGUCCGGUUCACUGUUGUGAUGCAUUUGAGGAUAUGGAUAUGGCUGUCUUGUGUUGUCCUCGCAGGAUACGUUCGAGCGACAGAGGACGCAGCUGUCGCUGAAUCGCCGUCAAUCAACUUAUCGCUUCCACUGAACGACGGCGUCGCGUCAGACCAGAGCACGUUCGUCGACGCCGAUGAAGGUUCCGGCCUAGAGACAGACGAGAGCUCGGGCUCCGGUUGGGGAGCCGGCCCCGGGCCCGACGACGAGGACAGCUCAGGUGAAGCGCCCACCGACCACGAUGAACUACCACCAGACGACGAGGAUUACACGACCUCGACCGACGCGGCUCCCACCGAUGACCACGAGAGGAAACUCAUUUCGGACUUCUACGACGAAACCGAAGUAGAAAUAGAAAAAGAGUCCGAACAAACAGAUACCCCGGUCACCCCGGCCACCCCGGUCACUGAACCUCCGCCUCUAGAGCCCGAAAUACACCCAGAAGUAUUUGUUCCUGUGAACAACAAACCAAGCGGGGGUGAGGUGGAACCGCACGGCGCGGGGGAGGAGCGACCCUCGCGCCCUGAUCAGAACGGCGAAAUCAACAUCUCUGAAGAAGACACCAAUCCGGCAAUUGACCAGGAGCAGGCGGGCACUAACGUGGAUCCUGAUUCGCGGCCGUCAGAAGUGUUCAUCAUGAACGCCAAGCCGGAAGACAGAGCGAUCAGCUUCUUCGCGCAGCCUGGCAUACUCGCCGCUGUGAUCGGUGGUGCUGUAGUAGGGUUAUUAUGCGCAAUCCUUGUGGUCAUGUUCAUAGUAUACCGCAUGCGUAAGAAGGAUGAAGGUUCCUAUGCCCUCGACGAGCCGAAGAGAAGUCCAGCGGCAGCCUCGUACGGGAAAGGACACAACAACCGCGAGUUCUACGCGUGAGACGACUCGGAACAAAACAUGCCACGUGCUUACUAGUCGGCGCUCUAAUCAAGAAUGAACACUUCCCACCUGGGCGCCAUUUUGAUUUUCUUUUUCUCUUUUCAAAUCUACGUUCCGUUUCAGGAAUACUUAAAUGCGUGUAAUUAAUUCUUCAUAUUUUCCUGCCGUGGCUAUUUGUUCUGUGAAUCAUUCAAACGAAACAAAACCUGACAAUUUAUUAAUUGAAUUUGACGGUAUAAUGACGCAACUGUAGGUAUAUGUACGGAUUGUACAGUUAAAUGUACAAACCAGGUACAAAAAUAUUUAUUUGUCUUGAACGAAGAGAUAAUAUGGAAUUCAAUGGAUGCAUUCGUUUAUGUUAAAUCAUAGAAUUAUCAAUAUUGAGACCAAUUUUUUCAUAAAUUUUGGAAUGUGGAAGAAUAUAAAACAUCAUUACGUACUCUGUUGUAAGACAAAUGUGGUUGAGUGUUCUGUCUAGGGUCAUACUGUGAAUAUUUCUCGGUACUCUAGGUUUCUCUAUAAUGAUAAAUAAAAAACGGUUUACAUGAAGCCGGAGUUACUUCACUCUUGUACUAGAUGGCGGUGCUGAGCGUCAUUACUAAUGUAACUUACAAACGUCAAGACUUUUGAUUACCCAGAAAGAUUCAUGCUAUGGUUUAAGUGAAACUGCAUGUGUUGUUUCUUUUCAUAAUGGCUGUAUAUUAUCAUAUAAACAAUGUGACUUUUAUUAAGAUUUAACAUUAAGAUAAUUAAAGUUGACAAUUAAAAAAAAAAUCUAGUUCAUGUAAUGUAAUAGUUUUAAAGCAACGUUAAAUUCUAAUAUGUAUGAAUUGGUAAUGCUGAAAUUGCAUAAUACUACCAACAUAAGAGUACGCGUCAGCUGUCAAUUUUUUUUUUUACUACACCGUCAUUUUUUUCAUGUUUUUGUGUAUAUUAUGCUUCUCUCUUCUAGAUUUAAUUGAAUUAUUUGAUAAUAAUUUUUUCGCGAAGUUAUCUUUGAAAUUCACAUUGUAAUAUAGUAAAUGUAUGUAUGUAUGUUUAAGAUAUAUCUACGUUAUGGAGAUAUACGAUUUUUAAUAUCAUCGAAUAAUAUAAUUUUUAUGUGAAUCAUCAGUGUAAGAAUGUAAAAUAUUCAUACUGAUUUUUUUAUUUCAAAAGUUAUCUAUAAAUGAAUCGAAGGAUUUUUAUCUAGAUAUUGUAACUUUUAAUCUCUAUUGUACGUCUUCGUUACUCUUUUUAGUUUUUAAAUAUUCGGUUGUGCAAAGACACUUACGUCUUUAGUACCCUGUGCCAUUUUCGCUUUUAAUUUCAAUAGUUAUUAAAAAUAUAAUCUUCGUUGUCAAAUGUAUGUAAUUAGUAAUUGUGCAUUGUACGUUUGAUACCACUCUACAUACAUAGGUAUGUACCGUAAAAUGGGGCGAUUAGGGACAAAUUCCAACUUUAUGAGCAAUUUUAAGGUAGUUGUUGAUGUAUAUAAUGCUAUAUCAGGAUCAAAAUG